ACUGCUCAACCGUUCACGCAAACGCAUCGCGUAAUCAUUUCAUUCUCCGAUUCCAAAUAAUCGAUUACCAGUUUACCACUUCCGUUGGUUCUUCUACGAUGCCGAAUCGAUCGGCGGGGGUGAUAAGGCAGGACUGGGAGCCGGUGGUGCUGCACAAGGCGAAGCCGAAGGCGCAGGACCUGCGUGACCCUAAGGCGGUGAACGCGGCGCUGCGGUCGGGGGCGGAGGUGGCGACGGUGAAGAAGUUCGACGGCGGCGCCAACAAGAAGUCGGGCGGCAGUCCGGCGGUGUACGCGAGGAAGCUGGACGAGGUGACGGAGGCGGCGUCGCUGGAGCGCGUGGCGGGGGAGGUGCGGCAGGCGAUCCAGAAGGCGCGCGUGGAGAAGAAGAUGAGCCAAGCGGAGCUUGCGAAGCAGAUAAACGAAAGGACGCAGGUGGUGCAGGAGUACGAGAACGGGAAGGCGGUGCCGAACCAGGCCGUGCUGGCAAAGAUGGAGAGGGUGCUUGGUGUUAAGCUGAGGGGCAAAGUCGGAAAGUGAAUUUAUCAGCGCUUUCUGUUGUGAUGAUUGAUGUGUGUGUGUGUAAGCAUUAGUUCAUACUCAUAGGGUUUUUAAGAUCAUUGGUACUUUGGUAGAAAGAAAGAAAUUUGUGUGCGUUUGCUUUCAUGUUGUGAACGAUAAGGGGAAUUUGAAGGGUGCAAGUUUUUUAGAGUCCACGACUAAAGGUUGAAACGAGAUGUUAAUGGAAAUGAUUAGCGAUUUUAACUGUCAAUUAUUUUCGCCUUUGCCUAUGCAAUAUUAGUUUUU